AUGGAAGAAGAGCCUUCACUCACUAUAAUAGGAGAAAGUAAUAAUACAAUAAUGAGAAGGGAGGAGUCUUCUGGUGCUCAUAUUUUAAAGAAAAGAAAGGUAAAGGGUGGUUCUAAGAAGUCAAGUUGGAUAUGGAACUUAAUGGAAGAAACUGAAAUUGUAAAGGAUGGAGAAAAAUCUAAAGGAGUUAUUUGUCAAGUUAACAUCUCUGAAGUUUCUGAUAUUAUUGUUCAUUGUAAUGUUGUAGUACGUGGUGGUGAAUCUACAUCUAACUAUAUUAUACACUUAUUAUCUGCUCAUGGUAUAACAAAAGAAAAUUUCCAAAAUAAAUUGAACAAUCAGUUUAAAGACACUUCUAAAACAAUCACUAAAAUGUUUGAAAAUCACCAACCACAUACAAGCCAAAAACAAGAACAACUUGAAAAGGCCUUGGUUUUUUUUAUAAUUAAUGACCUACAACCACUAAAUAUCUUGAAAUCAGAGUCUUUCAAAAAUUUUAUCAAAUUGCUAGAUCCUCGAUUUACAAUUCCACAAUCAAAAAAAGUAAAAUCAUGGAUUUCCAAUGCCUAUACAAAUUCUUUAAAUAAAUUAAACCAUGAUUUGUCUGUUGCUAAAUAUAUUUCUUGCACCACAGACUUGUGGACUGCAAGAAAUAAGCAAGGUUACCUAGGAAUAACAUGUGCUUGGGUAGAUCCAGAUUUUAAUUUAAAUGAAAAGUUGUUAGCUCUAAAAUAUAUUCCAUCUCAUACUUCACUAGCUAUUAGUCAAAAAUUAAUUGAUAUUUUUAGUGAAUUUGAUAUAAAUGAUAAAAUUAUUUCCAUCACAACAGAAAAUGGAAGAAAUAUGGUCUCUGCUUUUAAAUUUUUGCCAAAUAUUGCAAGAUAUGGUUGCUCAGCUCAUACUAUACAACUUGUGAUUGGUAAAUCUUUAAUUCCUUGUCAAGUUUUUUUGGCAAGAUCUAAAAGUGCAAUUGGAGAUGUUCCAACUCGUUGGAACUCUUCUUAUCUGGCUUGGGAAAGGAUUUAUAAUUUGAAAGAUGCAAUUUAUACAGCUUUAAAUACUAUAUUAAGAAAUAAAAAAGAUUCUCAAUCAAAAAAAGAUUACAAUCGAUUAAAAAAAAUUAUGUUGCAAGAAGAAGAAUGGGAUUUCAUGUUAGAGAUGAUAGGUGUAUUGGGCCCAUUUUAUGAAUUUACUCAGAUUUUGGGUGCCAGUGAUUAUGUUACCAUUAACCUUGUGUAUCCUUUGAUAAAUACAUUGAAGGAAGAAUGCAAAAACACAACAAAUAAUGUUUAUGAUUACGAGGUGGAUUUUGAGUCAACUGAUGAUGUUUUUGAUGUUGUGUAUGAAGAAGAAGGUGAGGAAAAUGAUGAUGUUGGUAAAAUUGGUAAAAGGAAAAUGAAAAUAAAUCAACCACAAGAUAUGUUUGGUUUAACUGGUGCAAUAAAAUCAUUGUUAUAUAAAUAUUUAAAUUAUUAUUGGAAACCUCCAACAGCAGAAGAAUUGUUAGUAUUUUCCUUUAGAUAA